GACGCUCACGCACCUUCAAUUUUAUUUUUUAUUUUUUAUUUUUAUUUUUAUCUAUUCUAAUUAACUCGUACUUUACCUUUGUCGUUGAUCUGUCUAUAUCGAAAAAAACGACGACCACCACCACCGCAACAACCUCCACCAGAACGCCGUCGUUUCGAAGAGAUCCGUUGUGGCAUUCGAUUCGCUUCCACGUUCUCGUGCGGUUCGAAUCAGAUUCACAUUUCGUCUUCUACGCUAUUCAGAUACAUUCAUUUUUAUCGAAUUGAAGCCUCGUUUUGAUUUAUAGGCUGAAUCCUCCGAUUCUUCCUGCUUCGGCUCCAAUUUUUCGCUGCUCGAGUUUGCCCCGAUUGCGUUGUUCCGUUAUUUCCAUGAACGCUGUAAGAGUUUCUUGUUCAACAUCGUUUUUUUAUCGGAAUCUCCAUUAGACACCCGAUUCGGAUAACCGAUGAGGGUGAGGGAUUCUAUUCGUGGCUGGAUUAGGGUUUACAACGAAGGUUUUAGGGAUUCGUAGGGUUUUAUAAUGAGGAUCCUACUCUGCUUUAGCUGGUUGUUGAAUUGGAAUUAGGAUCCUGUUGCGGGGUUGGUAGCGGUUAACCCCAUCAGGGUUUGAUGAUGGUAGAUUGAGGAGGAUGGUGAAGCUUUUAGGAUUGAGUCGUGUCUGGGCCGAUGAGCCCAGAGAAAUCACGUCGAGGUCCAAUUUGACCAGUGAGACCAGUGAGAAUGGGUGGCUUAUCAGGUUCUUUGAUUCCUCCUUCUUCUGCGAGUGGAUCGCAGUUAGCUACUUGUACAAGCAUGACCAUGCAGGGGUGCGCGAUUACCUCUGCAAUAGAAUGUACACACUUCCAUUGCAGGGAAUUGAGAGCUAUCUGUUCCAAGUGUGUUACAUGAUGAUACAUAAGCCUAGCCCCUCUUUGGAUAAGUUUGUCAUUGAUAUUUGCUCCAAGUCUCUUAAGAUUGCUUUGAAGGUGCAUUGGUUCUUAUUGGCUGAGCUUGAGGACAAUGAUGAUGAUAAUGAUAAUGAAGCUAUUAGUAGGAUGCAGGAGAAGUGCCGGAUUGCGGCCACCUUGAUGGGUGAGUGGGUGCCCCUGAUUAGGCCUCAAGGUUCAUCUUCCAGCGUUGGAGGUAAGAACCAAGUUUUCAAUAGGUUCUUGUCUUCAACACGCCGGUUGUCGAUAACACCUACGCCUCCUCCUCAGAAGUCCAUGUCUUUCUCGCCUUCUUCAGGAAAGAAUUUGCAGGUGAACGUUAGUCCGCAGUCUCCUGAUGAAAACAACUUGUUUAAGAAAUUGUUGCCAAGUCCAAAGUUUAGAGAUGCUUUGCUGUUUCGGAAGUCAGCGGAAAAAGAUGACAAUGAUUCUGAGAAGGAUGGCUUUUUCAAGAGGCUUUUAAGGGAUAGCAAAGGUGAGGAUGAGUUGGGCCAGAAAAUCCGAGAUGCAUUUCACUUCAGAAAGUCAACCGAGAAAUAUGAUGAAGACUCUGACAAGGAUAAUUUCUUUAAAAGGAUCUUAAGGGACAAUAGAGGUGAUGAUGAAGACUCUGAAAAGGAUGGCUUCUUUAAAAGGCUCUUGAGGGACAAUAAAGGCGAGGUGGAGGGUUCUCCCUCAAGUUCGGAUGGAAUUUUUAAGAGAUUGUUUCGUGAUAGCAAGAAUGAUUCUGAGGAUAAAACACCGACCAAAAUGAUGGCAGAAGAGGAGAAAGAAGGAUUUUUCCGCAAGUUUUUGAGGGAAAAAUUUGAAGAUAAGAAGGAUUCGAAUGAUGAAGGAGAAAAUGCUAAUUCCGAAGAGAGAGGUGCAAAGCAUUCUGAACAGGAUGAAAAAGAAGGGUUUUUCCGAAAAUUUGUUAAGGAUAUAUUUGAGGACAAGAAAGAUGCAAAUGAUAAAAUUGAAGAAGGUACUGCCACUAUUGAGGAGGAAGAGCCUUCUGAAUUUCCUUUGUUCAAAAGAUUAUUUCGUGUGCACCCUGAAGAUGGUAAAAGUAGUUCAACCAAUGAAAACAACGGUGAAAGUAGUCCAGGUACAGAAAAUUUCUUCCGCAAAUUGUUUAGAGAUCGUGAACGUUCAGUUGAAGAUUCAGAACUAUGGGGGUCGAAUAAGCAGAAAGAGCAGAAGCAUCCUGAAUCACCUGAGAAAUUUGCAACAAAACCUCCACUUCCAUUCAAUCAAUCACAUUUCCGUAAAGUAGCUUACCAUGAGUCAUUGGAAUUUGUGCUGUCAUUAUGCGAGACAUCGUUUGGGUUAGUUGAUGUAUUUCCAGUUGAAGACCGCAAACAUGCUUUGCAUGAGUCUCUAGCAGAGAUCAAUUUACAUUUGACAGAGGCACAGAAUACUGGAGGAGUUUGUUUUCCUUUGGGAAAGGGCAUGUACCGUGUGCUUUAUAUUCCUGAAGAUGAAGCUGUUCUCUUGAAUUCUAGGGAGAAGGCGCCUUACAUGAUCUGUGUUGAAGUAUUGAGAUGUGACAUGACAAGCAAUUCCAAGGACACGUCCAGUCCUCAUAAACUUUCCAAAGGUGGAAUUCCCUUGGCAAAUGGAGAUGCUCUCUUGCCAAAACCACCACCAUGGGCUUAUCCACUGUGGACAACACAAGAGGUUUAUCGUAAUAGCAAUGAUAGGAUGUCAAGAUCAACUGCUCGGGCAAUUGACCAGGCAAUGACUCAUGUAUCCGAGGCAAAAGUCAACUUUGUUAGUGUGAGUCUUUCUGUAGAAUCACAAUUACAUGUUCAGCCAGAGAAAACUGAAGUGGAUCUGCAUGUUAGCAGUCAAGGUCCUUAUAGUAACAGUGUUGGUGAAAUGGCAAGGGGAGGACGUAACAGUGAUGUGAAGUGCGUACGGGUAGUGCUGACCACUGAUCCUGGGCUUAGAAUGGAAGAUAUUGGGGAACAAGCACCUAGACGGCGGAGGGAACAUCGUCGUGUGCCAAGUACAGUGGCAAUAGAGGAAGUAAAAGCGGCGGCUGCUAAAGGGGAAGCACCUCUUGGACUUCCUUUGAAAGGUGCUGGUCAGGAUUCAUCAGAUGCACAACCAAGGGCUAAUGGAAUUGCCCGCAAAGCGAGUGAUGCCUUGUCUGGUGAACUUUGGGAGGCAAAGAAAGAGAGGAUACGCAAGGCUUCCAUUCACGGCAAUUCACCUGGUUGGGACUUGAGAUCUGUUAUUGUAAAGAGCGGUGAUGAUUGCAGGCAGGAGCAUCUGGCGGUUCAACUAAUUUCACAUUUCUAUGAUAUCUUCCAAGAAGCAGGCCUACCUCUCUGGCUACGCCCUUAUGAAGUUUUGUGUACAUCAUCUUACACAGCUCUUAUCGAAACUAUUCCAGACACGGCUUCUCUACAUUCGAUCAAGAGUAGAUAUCCCAACAUCUCAAGUUUACGUGGGUUCUUUAUUGCCAAGUAUCAAGAAAAUUCUCCAAGUUUCAAACUUGCCCAGAGGAACUUCGUUGAAAGUAUGGCUGGAUAUUCCCUAGUCUGCUACCUUCUGCAGGUGAAGGAUAGGCACAAUGGGAACCUCUUAUUGGAUGAAGAAGGUCAUAUUAUACAUAUUGAUUUUGGCUUCAUGCUUUCCAAUUCACCUGGUGGUGUUAAUUUUGAAAGUGCACCUUUCAAAUUAACCCGAGAGCUUCUUGAGGUCAUGGAUUCUGAUGCUGAGGGCAUUCCAAGUGAAUUCUUUGAUUAUUUCAAGGUUUUAUGCAUUCAAGGCUUUCUUACUUGCCGUAAGCAUGCUGAGCGAAUAAUUCUUCUUGUUGAGAUGUUACAGGACUCUGGUUUCCCCUGCUUUAAAAAUGGUCCACGGACAAUACAGAACCUACGGAAGCGAUUCCACCUCAGUUUAACGGAAGAGCAAUGUGUAUCAUUGGUGCUUACUCUGAUCAGCAGUAGCCUGGAUGCAUGGCGGACACGGCAGUACGACUAUUACCAGAGGGUUUUGAAUGGAAUAUUGUGAGAUAAUUUGUCAGUGAUGAUCAUUUGCCUUUUCCAUUUUAACUAAAGCUUGCACCGUGAAUUCCCGACAAAUAGAAUUGUGAUUUUCGGUCAUUUAAUUGUGGUUGGUCCACUGGUGUGCCGUUGGAAUUUCUGUGGAUGGUGAGAAUUAAUAGACGGCACUGUGGCAGGGUGCAGUCUCUUUUCCCUGGGUAGAGGAAGGUUCCGACUUGCAAAAAUCAUUUUUUCCCCUUCAAAUUGAUCUUGAUUUUGCAUUGCUUCUUGUGAAUGUAGCUCUGGCUUAGCCUCCUAAAUGGUGAGAGAUAGUGGAAAUUGUAUAGUGAUUUUAGCAUGAGUGACAGGUUUCUGUUGGGUGUUGAUAUGUGUAGUGUGUAAAAACUAUUUGAUUCAUCAAAACUCUUGGGGGGAUGUUUUCAACUGUGAAGCAGAUGCUGACCUGGUAUAUCUUGGACAUCCGUUGAGACUGCUGUGUUGUUUCUUCCUGAUCUCAGUUGAUCUAUCACGUCUCUUCCUAGGGUUGAUUAUUCAAUUCUUACACUAUUGAAAUUCUUUAGUGAUGUUUGAUUACAUCAUAUGUAAUUUAUUCUGUUUACUUUCAUGGUGAAAUUUGUUCACCCUCCAUAUCAAUCAUACAAAGUUUUGGUGCCA